GAAGGGCAGUUUGGAAGUCUGCGAAAAGAGUGCGGACGAGCUUGGGGAAAGAGGCAAAACAGCGGAGAGAGAGAGAGAGAGAAAAAAAGCAGAAGUAGAAAAGGGUUUGAGAAGCACGAGGUGGCACCCAUGGUGCAACACACCGACACCAGCGAGACGGACGGCGGCAUGUCGCGGGAGGCGACGGACUCGGAGGAGAGUGAAUUCACGGCGUGCAGCCCCGUCGCCAUCAACCCGGACUGGUGCAAGACGGCCACCGGCCACAUCAAGCGGCCCAUGAACGCCUUCAUGGUGUGGUCCAAGAUCGAGCGGAGAAAGAUCAUGGAGCAGUCGCCGGACAUGCACAACGCCGAGAUCUCCAAGCGGCUCGGCAAGCGCUGGAAGAUGCUGAAGGACGGCGAGAAGAUCCCCUUCAUACGCGAGGCGGAGCGGCUCCGGCUCAAACACAUGGCCGACUACCCCGACUACAAGUACCGGCCCAAGAAGAAGCCCAAGCUGGACGGCGCCAAGUCCGCCUCCGCGGCGCCGUCGCCGGAGAAGUGCGGCAAAAAGACCCCCGGCAAGAAGUGCUCCAAGGUGAAAAAGAAGCCCUACGCGGACGAGUACCCGGCUUUUAAAGUCGCCAAGGUGGUGAAAAGCGAGCCGAGCGACGAGGACGACGACGAAGACGACGACUACGAGGAGGACUAUAACCGCCAUCACCACCAUCACCACCACCACCACCACCACCACCGCAAGGAGGAGCGCCUGCGGCCGUGCAGCGUCGCCAAAGUGCCGGCCAGCCCCACGCUCAGCUCCUCGGCCGAGUCGGAGGGGGCCAGCAUGUACGAGGAGGUGAGAACCGGGAACAGACUCUUCUACAACAUCAAGAACAUCUCCAAGCAGGGCGCGUUGCACGCCGCUUCUUCACCAGCAUCCUCCAGCGCCUCCGGCUCGGAGAAUUCAGGGAACCUGUCGCUGUCCCUUGUGGAUAAAGACCUGGACUCGUUCAGCGAGGGCAGCCUGGGCUCUCACUUUGAGUUCCCAGACUAUUGCACGCCUGAACUCAGCGAGAUGAUCGCAGGAGACUGGCUGGAGGCGAACUUUUCCGACUUGGUCUUUACAUACUGAUUUGAAGAAAAAAAAAAAAAAAAAAAAUGUCCUGAUCAAGUUUGCCUCCUUUGUGUGAAAAAAGGGGAGGUUUGAGAUGCUUAUGAAGCCGGUGGUAGCAAAAAAUGUAAAAAAAAAAAACAACACUUUUUUUUUGUUUUUAAUAUUUGGCAGCAUGACAGGGUUUUAUGGAUUUUCCCCUGCAUGGGGGAGGAGAAAAAAAACACUUCUAUGCAUCUUAUCCUCUUUUAGACAAACUGCAGGGAGAUGGAAGUCAAUCUGUGAACUGUUCAGGAUGCUAAGUAUUUUUUUGUUUUGUUUUUGUAAACCGAUUCUGUUUACCUCCUCCGUCCCCCCGUCUUCAGCAGCAAUGUGCGGAGAGAGGAGGGGGGAAAAAACAACAACAAAAAGAACACAUUUUGAUACAUAACAGACCUCAUCUUUUUAAAAGAAAAGAUAUUUUCAGGCAUAUUUUUGUACAGUCCAAAGGGAAUGUUCUUACUGGGCUUUCAGUGAGUUUCAGGCACUUCUUCCCUUUAUUAUGAUUUUUAUUUUUGUUUUUUUUUAAACGCAUGCAAGGGAGUCCUGGUUUGAAGGAUUAAGUUAAAUUAAAAUCUUGCAUCAAAAAUUGCCUUGUGAUUUUCAACUGGGUUCUUUUUGUACAGUUGUAGAGCAGAUUUGUCGAGUAUUUGUAGACACGUUAAGGCGUCAUGGGGGAACACAUACCUCAGAGCUGGAACUAGUUUCAAGAUUGUAUAUGUACUGUAAUAUAGUAAAAGUUAGGAGUUUAUGUAUAUCAUACUCGUGAUAUGUGGAUGGGUCCCGAUCGCAGGUGUGAAACUGGAUUUUUUAACGGCACAUACUGUCUUUUUUUUUUUUACCCCCCCCUUUUUUCUCUCUCUUUUUCUCUCUUUUUUUGUGCAAUAUAACACUCUUCCUUAAAGAUACAGACCAUCAACAAUUGUAGCAAGUGAUGGAGAAUUUGAGCAGACUUGUGCACUGUCAACAUUGUUAUGAUGCUGAAAGCCUGUCCGGGCUGCAGAGAAAUAAUAAAACAAAUCAGCUGGAACUGAUGCAAAAGUUUAGUAUGGCCUGAUGUGAUGUGACGAUACAUGCAUACACAUUUAUGUCCCUUUUUCUUUUUUUUUUUUCUUUUUUUUUUUUAAUGGGAACCAGUUGACUGAUCAUUCUGCAAAAAAAAAAAAAAAAAAGGGCAUGAUGUGAUAACAGUGGUGGUCAAGCAAGCAAAAAGUACAUUCCAUAAUCUUGUUUCAUUAAAUGAAACUUUAUUUCAAAACAGAAGACUGCCUUCUUUUUUUUUAAAUCAUAAACCAUAAACCUGUAUUUUUAUUUCUUGCACUUGAAAAAGCAGUUUAUUUUUUAUGUGGGUCUCAAAUACUGUUUGAUAACAAAAAAAAACAGGCAGUAUAGUUACCACACAAUCCUGAGUGUGAACCUGUCAUCUUCAAACAAAGUAAAUAAUUAAACGAGAACCUACCACCCA